AUGGAGAUGAAUUCGUAUCCUGUCAACUUCUGGCCCAGGGGUCCUUACGAGUCCCCUGGCGCCGUUUAUGAAACCGCCGCCGAGGGCCCUUUACUUUUUGACUGCCAUCCGGCCGAUUAUGAGCGUCUGAGGCUUCAUAGCGGCAGCGAUCCCUUCCUGGGGACCGUGCCACUUGAUGACGUGCCGCAAGAUGUCCUGCUCCAGGAUGAUCCGUUCGCCGACUUGGCGGAGGAACUCCCGUGGCUGGAACAAUUCACCGAUCUCUCGGAUCCAUUCCCGGUGGCCGCGACUUCGCCUUUUGAAGAACUGAGCGAGCCACUUUUUGCUGAAAAGGCCCAGGAAAUUGAUUGGGACGAUUGGAGCCGCUUCAUUCAGGAGAAUCAUCCCGAAUGUCAACUCGCGUGCGGAAACACUGCACCUCCAUCAAACGAGGAAUAUCUGCCGAACUUCGUCGUUCUAGAAUCUGGACUUCAGCAGGAGCCGGUUCCAGUGGUUCAGACUCCAGCGCCGGUGGACGAUUUCCUCUAUGAAUAUGAAGAGCCCGAGGAGCCGGCAGCGACGCCGGAACCUAAGCCUAGACGCGGGCGUCCGCCGUUGGCCAAGCAGAAGCGGCUAUCGAAGAAGCCCCGCUAUUCUCCUUAUGAAACUGAGGAUGAUGACGUGGCGCCUUCGGAUGCUAGGCGUCGGGCGCUGAAUCGUGACGCCGCUUUCCGUUAUCGGGAGAGGAAGAAGGCUGAAAAGGAUGCGUUCUACAAUGAGGUUACGACUCUGGAGAGCCGCAACACCUGGCUUCACGCCCGCGUUUCCACCCUCGACUCGGAGAUCGCCCGAAUGAGGAGCCAUCUCAAGGAUCUCGGCGCAUUC